AUGGUAUUUGACAUGGUAACGAGGAUGUUCGAACUGUACUUUGCCGAGGACGUCGAUAGAAACAUCAACCAAAAUAUUCUAUUGGAUCUGUUGCAUUUCAUUAAAAACGCUAUAAUUCGUUAUAACGACCAAGUCAAACUGUUUGUAAAAGCCAAAGGAAUAGAACACAUACUGAAUGCUUUAACCAUUUCCAAAUAUCCCAUACAGCUCGUGAUUCUGACGACACUUGUGGAUUUGGCCAUAUUCAAAUCAGCCAAAUGUCACAUCAAGAAAUGGAAGUCUGCCAAGACGGGAAAGGGCUACCUGGAAUCGGUGUGUGAGAUUUGGAGACGCGAAAUAGUCCGGUUUAACUUUAUAGACGACGAGUUCAUGUUCCAGGAGCAGCGGGACGCGACCACUGCGAUCAACUUGGCCAGCUUGUGCAGCCCGGCGGUGGAGUCCAUGUUCAUGUGCGCUCAGCCCAAGAUCUAUCUGCUCGUGCACCUGGUGGAGUUCGCCCAGUCGGAAAACGAUUAUCGGCUGCAGGACCAGUACAGAGACGAGCCCGACAACGACAUCGAGGAGAGCACGAUUCGGGCCUGCAGCCUGGUGUCCGAUCUCCAGGACAAGGCCACCGUGGCGCACAUUUACCACUAUUAUUCGCUGAAGCUCGGAGAGAUCUGGAACGAGAACGAUAUCGUCGCGAAGACCGGCGACGUCGACGGCGUGGAGUUGACGCCCGCCAUAUCGCAGUCUGUCGAAGCCAUGGCGGCCCGGCACUCGUACUUGACCGCUUUGAUCACGAUGAUCAAAAGUCGUGUCGCUGAUUUACACGCCGGCGAGUCGGUAAGUCGCAAACGAUAUAAUAUUGUUGUACGGCAAAUCGCGGGUGUGGCGAUGCUGGGCAUUGACGAGUUAAAAAGUUAA